AUGGUAACUUGCGAUGAUACAUCAGUCGGCUUCCACCUAGCCGGCCGCGAGGAUGACGGGCCACGUGCGCGUGCGUCUUGUGCUUCCUCCCUCUCACAUUACAAGCAGAAGAUCGACGCGCUCUUUGACGAUAACCGCUCAGUAAGCAGUCAACAGUAUGGAUCUACGUCGGAUAUAGGCAGGAGAGAUAGUAAGAAUAGUAUCACGCGGGAUAAAACAACGUUACUAGAGGAUGACAGCGGUUUCUGCGAUAGAGAGAUUAAAAAAAUCAAUAAUGAAGUCCAAGAUCGUAUAGCGAAAAUGUUUGCGGAAAUGGGGGAACAAUCACGAAAGCCAGACACGAUUGGUGAACACCAAUUCAAUGUACACUACCUUGGUUCUACUCCACUGCAGAGUAAGGUCACAAGUCUCUCUGGACUACAAAAACCUCUGAAGGAUCUAUAUUUUGCAUACAGAAGAAAUUUUAGAAGCAAAAGUACACUUACAGGUAGGUUACAAAUAUCAAAGAGUGGACUCAAAGUUCGAUAUAAAGGUGAGAAAGGAGACUUAGAACAAUUGAAUCCAUUCCCUACGAUAGCGGUUUGGUCGGCAGUAAAGUUUGUGGUCCAAAAUUCAGAAAAAGAAGCGAACGAAUCAACUUACGCAUUUUUGCCUUUAAUCACCGAUCCGGAUAAUAUAGACCGUCAUGCUUUAUUUAAGACGUUGGAGACAUCAGAAAAGAAAUAUAUCCUCUCCCACAACGAAAACACCCAUUCACCUCUUUUCGCUGUUGUGAUGAGGAAGAUUGGAGUCGCUAAACAACUUGAGUGUCAUGGUUUUGUAUGUCAGACGACUGAGGAUGCUAUCGUUAUAGCAGCCACGUUAUACAAAUCCCUAAUGUCACAUAUGAGUCGUCAAGGUCAUACCGAUAAUAAGAAACUGAAAAAUCGAAAUGGUGUCAGCUGUAUGAGCAUUGCGAGCAGUAUUACAGUCAAUGAUAUUCCAAUUAGACCACCAAGAAAAAAACGUAGCACUUCAUCAUAUAGCGGUGAUAGUGAUAGAGCUGAUGGAUUUUCAGCCAGUGAAUCGUUUAGAGAAAAAUCAAGAAAUGAUAGUUUUAAAGAAUUAUUAAUAUCAUCUCCACCCGUACUUCCUCUUGAUGCGAAGCGUAUAACUGUCGAGGAAGUAAGAGCUAAAUUAGAUUCAAUUAAAGAUAAGAGCGUAGCACGUGAGAGAAAGCUAAUGGAAACACCACAAGUUUCAAAUAACUUACCCCAAAAUCCGCAAAGCAGUAGUGAAUCAACAGUUCGAAGUAAGGUAUCGGAAAAAAUAGAAUUAUUUCGUGAAUUAGAAAGACGAAAGAGUAUAAAACGCCCACCAACACUUCCUCCUCCAGUACCAAUUAAAUCUCAAACAUCAGAUACUAAGGAACCUUUGAGAAGAACCCACAGUGGCAGGCAAUUAAUGGGUGAAACUGGAGAUAUUCUCACAAAGGUAGCGAUACCAAGAUCUGGCAGCUUCCUCAACGCAGGUGGACUGACUCGGUAUAAAUCUAUAGGCCAUAGAAAUAACGGCAAGAAAGGCGGGGGUUCACCAUUGGGUUUUAAUGAAUUAUUCCACGAAUUCAAAGUACAAGAAAACCUACAUUCAAUGGAUGAAAUAUUGAGCGUCAUAAUCGACCCAGACGGGAUGUCUUUCAACGAUUUAAAACCCAUUUAUAAAGAAUUUCUCUUAAAAUUAGCGGUAACACUAACUAAAGAUGAAAUAUUUCAGCAUAGCAAAGCAAUAAUGAAAAAACAGAAGAAGAAAAUUCUACGCCGUAAUACAUUUCAGAUAAAGAGAAGAAAAUUUUUUAAAGGGUCUAGUGGGCUGCGGAUGGUAUUUAGGUUUCCGUUUGGAAAAAAGAAAGAAAAGAAGAAAGCACCAGCUGUGGAAGUAAUUGAUGCUUUAGAAGUAAAAGAACCAGUUUCUGAAAGUUCAGUUUCUACAUCUAGUUAUGAUUUGAGACAGUUUAAACCUAAAGAGCCUCCGGUGAUAACAACAAAACGACAAAAUAUGAAAAGAAAUUCCAGACGAUCAGAAAAAGUCCACGUUUCCGAAAGAAAAGGAAAAUUGUCGAGACCCGGAGAGAGAACCUCCUCUGAAGAUUCGGAUUUUUUAACGCUGAGCAAUCGAUUGGGAUGCCAAAACCGCAAUAGUUCAAGUGGCUACGUUUCUUGCUCCGAAUGUGAAUCCGAAAGCUGCAUGGAUAGAUGUUAUUGUUCCUUGAAGGAUUGCAAAUCCAAAUGUUAUUGCUCGGCCAUAGAGAUCGGAAAAGAUUCAGCGAAGGCGAAGUUAUUAGGAAAAAAUUGUAAAGAAUGUUCGAAGGAGAUAUACGAAGCAGAUUAUAGCUAUUGCAGCUGUGAUUCUGAAAGCUGUGAAGAUAGCAACAAGUGCUAUUGCGCAGGUCCGCGUCGUAGCGCACAGAGCUUAGAGUAUUUGAAGGGUGGGCGUGCGACGUACACGGACAAACUGCGACGGGCUUUUGAUGAUCACGAUGGGAAGACUAGAAGCAGAUCCGGCGCGUCAAGCCGUCGCCGUGAAGAACGUCGGCGCGCACGCAGCUCAGACAGCCUCGCGUUGGAUUACGAGUUACUUUUACAGAACAAACCGCGGGACACAAGAGCAAGGAACAUGCAGCGCCUUACUGUCCGAAGUACGGGCGCGGGCUCUCAUGAUGCCCUAAGCGUGAAGAAGUCAGCCGAAAUGGCGGCCUUAUUUGCGGACGUGAGAUUAUCGCAACGGACUGACGUACGAUCGUUGAUGGGAGGGAGGCGACCUCGUCCUGGCGCUUUGCCUCCAAGUGGUGCUCCGCCCCUCGCAACCAUGUUCGACCAUAGGCCCUUGAGCAGGAACGCCAGCCUCGAAGAUACAUUGGGAUACUUUCCUUAA